GCAGCACCGGGCGUGAGGUGGGAAGCCAAGUUACAACGCACAGCGAGCGAGCGGGUUGGGCAGCUUGAAUAUCUCCAAUGGUCAGUCAUCGCAUCUGACAGGAGCGAAGGAAAGACAAAAAAAAAAAGACAGCACCGCCACAAAGGGGGGGAUCAAAGGCAAGAAGGACAAGGGCACUCCCAAACAAAGGGGAAAGUCAAUGCAACCAUCAGGGGCUGCAGCAGGCGCAGCCUUGCUCUGUCCUUGCUUUUGUCCUGCAUCUGGGCUGCACUGUGACCACACAACCCCGCAGGAAGGGAGAAGGAUCUGAAGGCAGUGCCAGAGCUGACUUUGGUCCGACUGCAACCAUGAACUCUUCACUGAUGACACGUGGAACCAGUGAUGUUCUGGAGGAGCUUCAGUUGCUCACAGCUCAGAACCUGGAAAGGCUGGAGGUGAAUAAGUACUACGAGGUGAUUAGGGAGCUGGGAAAAGGCACCUAUGGCAAGGUGGACUUGGUUAUCCAUAAAGUCAGAGGUACCAAAAUGGCUUUGAAGUUCCUGAGGAAGAAGACCACCAAACUGAAGAGUUUCCUCAGAGAGUACAGCAUCUCACUUUAUCUGUCAGCUUCACCUUUCAUCAUUGACAUGUUUGGAAUAGCCUUUGAAACUGAUGAGUAUUAUGUGUUUGCCCAGGAAUAUGCAACCGCAGGGGAUCUGUUUGACAUAAUUCCACCCCAGGUUGGUCUUCCUGAACAGAUUGCCAAGCGCUGUGUGCACCAAGUUGCCUUAGCUCUCGACUACCUUCACAGCAGGAAGCUGGUACACCGUGACAUCAAGCCCGAGAACAUCCUUAUCUUUGACAAGGAGUGCCGCAAGGUUAAACUGUCAGAUUUUGGAAUGACUCGUCGGGCUGGUACUCCUGUCAAGCGAGUGAGUGGUACCAUCCCUUAUACUGCCCCGGAACUCUGCGAUGCUUCCAAACAUGAGGGCUUCUCCGUGGAAUACAGCAUUGAUGUCUGGGCGUUUGGGGUGCUACUCUUCUGCAUGCUCACAGGAAACUUCCCCUGGGAGAAAGCCCUGCUCUCAGACUCUUUCUACGAUGAGUUUGUAAGAUGGCAAAAGCGUCGAGGAUCCAACAUACCGUCACAAUGGAGAAGGUUCACCGACGAUGCCCUCCGUAUGUUCCGGAAACUUCUGCCCAUCGAACCAGAGAGAAGAUGCUCAGUCAAGGAGAUAUUCAGAUACCUGAGUUAUCGGUGGAUGCUGGACACAGAUUGUGGCAACAGCAUUGGUGACGCAAGCUCUUCCUCCGAAGAAGAUCUAGUGGCCAGGAUGAAGCAACAGAGCCUGUCCCCUGUGUGCAGUGUUGCAAAGAACACCAUCUCUAUGGAGACUCCAUCAUCGCGCUUCACAUCCAUGACAACAUCCAGCUCCCUCUCUUCAAAUAGCAGCUACGAGAGGGCAUCAAGAGAGAGCAGCAACACCAGGAUUCUGGUCACAACACCUAUUGAGAUCUGCGUCUAGCUUACACUGAAAUGUCCAGGAUGUGGGUGGUUUUGAGUGUGACAGGAUUGUUUUACAGAGUAACAAACUUAUCCUUACUGCGGAAAUUAUUAUUUGUUACUUUGGGAGUCAAAGUGAUCUAUCGACGAGGGCUCAAACUCCAAUUGGGCUUUGAUUCAGCCAUUGGUUUACAAAGUCUUCACCCUCAGCUCAUUCUCACCAGUUGUGACUUACGUUGCUUUGUGUCUUUGGGUCAGGUAGGAUGAAGGAUGAGACACAGUGGGUGACAUCAAGGGAUGAACUAGCACAUGGGUCCAAAGAAACAGGGCAAGGCUGUUGCAAGGAUCUCAACCGAUUAGGAUCAGUUUCUGUGGAAGAAUCCUCUUUUUCAAUUAUAUAUUACAAGCAAAUGUCAAGGGCAUUGUCCAUAGGUAUGACAGCUGCUGCUGUUCAAAUGGCUUUCCUCCUAAGGGCUUGGUAGUGUUCACCAGAAGGAGUGAUCACUCUGCACAAGUCAUCUUUAAUAACACUCGCCUUUCACUAAUGUGAAUGUGACUUCCCACAUCCAAACACACUAAUUUUGGUUCUAAUUUUUAAAAUUUCAAUUUAAACUUGUUUUGUACCUGGAAGCUUUGGCCCUCCUUCCCAUGCACUGCUAUUAUGUGAGCUGACAACUUGCUCUGAACAUCUUACUGAAGAACCAGUAGUAGACUAACUUUACAACACUAUGGAGUUAAUAUUCAUUCACCAAACCAAGUGGCGUUUAGAUAAUUGCUAGAAUUAGAUAGGUCCAGUGAUGAGUUAGUUUGGUGCAACAAUCUCAGUGCUGAGAGAUAUUCUUUUAUAUUUAAAACAAAAUGUUAUAAGUGAGAGCACCAACAUCCAAAGCACGCCUUCCCCACCUCUCAACAAUCUCUUGCAUCUCGGCAUGGAUGAGUUGGACCAAGUGGCGUGUUUCUGUGGUAUAUGUUCUGUACCUGUCCUUUGAGUGAGUGCGUGCUUGAGAAGGUGGAUUAAUAUAUCCAUUUUAUUUUUGAGUCGCAUGUAAGGCCUGAAUGGAAAUGAUGCAUACCUCAGUGUGUUGAUUUCUGCUUUAGCACAUCCGAAGCAGUAAGGUUUAGAUAAUGGUGGCAUCAGGUGUGAGUUCCAGCGUCAGUGCUAGCUUCUCCACAGGUUUGUGGGGAGUUUCUCUGAAGAGCCGCUGGAGGUUGAACAAAGCCAGGUUGCCAUCCCUCUCAAUGUCUCCCAUCGGAGUAACCUGCAGCAACCAUUUGAAAGGACAAUCGAUCAACCGGCCAGUGAAUGUUUUUUGGAGAUUAUGAUCUGUUCCUAUCUCUGAGGUAGCACAGUGGCACACUGUCCGGUAGAGCUUCAACCUGACUUGCAAUGCUGUCUAUGUGGUGUUUGCACAUGCUUCUUGUGAUUCGUAGCUUUUCUCCGGUUGCUCCAGCUUCCUUCCAGAACCCAAACAUGCACAUUUUGGCAGAGUAGUUGGCUUCAGUAAAUUGCCCCAGAGUAUACAGCUGGGUUGUAGAAUCUGGAUGGAGUUGAUGGGAAUGUGGGGAGAAUAAAAACUAUGAUUAAUGCAGGAUUAGUGUAAAUGGGUGGUUGAUGAUCAGCAUCAACUUGUUGGGUCAACGGUCAGUUUCUGUGCUCUAUGACUGACCUAUGUUGAUUUUGAUUGAUCUUUUGGCAAAUAUUCUGUUGUCUUUCACUCCCAACCCAAACCCCAGCCCCAUCUAUAUAAAAAAGAAACACUAGUUUCUUCCCACUGAUUACCAUGUUGUGCAGAUUACAAUCCUUCCGUAGAUUUACUGCGCUUAUAAGAAAACCAACUCUGAGAGGUGAUUUCAAACUUGAGGCAUGCUGAGCAUUCAGGUAGCAGCGUAAUGUUCCUGUGGGAGAGGUGCGAGUUAUCUAGAAAAUUAAAGGAGUGAGAUUUAUCUAAUCCUCUCAAUGAAGGUCAAAGACUGCGGGUGAUAUUAACCCCACCUACCCAGUUGUAAACACUCAACAAAUUAAAUUGAAGCAGGAAUGUAAAAUGGAAGAUUGCUCAUUGGUGGUCUGGGAUCUCUUUCUAUCUUGAUUGUAUUAAUGUGACUUUGAAGUGCUGUUUUAGUGGUGGAGUCCAACCAUUCAUUUGCAGGCAACUGACAAAGUACCACUGGGAUUAGUUGGCAUUGCCAGUCAGUAUCUUCCAAUCACACAGUCCUUCCACCAAUUGAAGUAAUGGCAUUGUGUGUCUCAAACAUGAAAUGUAACAGAAGCUGAGAAAAUUAGUUGGAUUGCUGGAAGUCUUAAUUUUUUCUAUUGGGUAGGAAUUGAGUUUAACAACCUUAAAAAAAAUGCUGGCAUGAGUAAAAAGCUAUUUGCACCUGACGGAGUUCAAGUGUCCAAACUUAGCAUUCAGGCAAGAGGUUAUCUGUGGCAACCAUUUGAUCAACUGGCCACUGAACCUUUUAGAGCAAUUAUGAAGUGUUAUCUAUUAUGUGUAUAGUUGUGAGGCUCCUGCUAUGCUAUUUCACUUCUGGUCUGAGAUGCUGUUCCCUAAAAACAUCCAGCCCAACCCCUCCUCUGCACUCUCAACCCCCCUACCCCACACCCUGUCCUUUACCCAUCCACAUGUGCAAAAAAAACAGAAAAUUUAGGUUAGGGUUUCUUACAGAUUACAAUCCUUGUGUAUCUUCACUGUGCUUACAAGAUAAAUGUUUCUAAUGUUAACGUAUGUGCAAUAUGUUCUAUUUAACUAUUUACCACAUAUUUAACUUCAACUUUUACAAUGAAUUGUCAUAGUUUUUUUAUUAAUUAAAAAACUGAAAACAUAGGGCUAUGAAAAUGGCAUCACAGAGCUUUACGUGACGUAUUCUGCACCUGUAAUAACUCUACAAAGAUUCUCGUGUGUUACUCGAUUUGGAACUCUGCAAGAAGGAGUUGGGGUUCGGAGCAGUCCAGUGAAGUUUGGUUCAUGUGACCUUAGGGUGGGUGGGUGGGAGGUGUUGGAGAAGUGGUGGGGGGGGGGUGUGGCAGGGCUACAAUCCACUCUUUUCUCCUUCAUUAUUGCCAUCAUUCAAUUUGACCUUAGGUGAAAGGCACGGGAAUGAGGAUCAAUGGAUGCUGCACGAUAUUUAAUGAGAAUCUUGAAAGGAAUAAUUUUUGAUAGAAAACUUCCAAAGAAGGUGGAAUCAGUAAUAAGCCUAUUUACAAAGACUAUAUUUGAACUGGGAAUCUUAGUUAACUGAUGCCCUGCAUUCUUCUAAUGACUGGCAGAAGUGCAAAACAACCUAGACUGUCAAUGUCCACCUUUUCACUUUAGAAAUGCACUUAUUGCUUCUUGUAGACAGUGCAACACUUCCAUAUAUAGUAUCAAGGAUCUCCCUCCAUUGACCCAGUCUCCAAGAUGUAGUGUGGGCUAUUCAGUUGCCAAACCAUGUGUUUGAAUUUUAGUGCAAUGGGUGUGUUUCUAUUCAAAAUUCUUCAGAGUUUCGUUCCUCAGUGAAUGGUGUGUCGUUUAACUGUUUGUGGUUUGUGACAGCAAUGCAUUCUUUUAGUGUGCAGAGUUUUAGCUCUUAGCUAAAAUGUUUCCCGAGCUCUUCUCUGAGCCAUACGAUCGAUUCAAUGGUUGCAAUGCAAUUUGUCUUCCUGUAAGACUUACUUUAUAAUUUGAUUAAAAUUAAAAUAAAACAAC